AUGGCUCCAGUACAGCUCUAUGUCUAUGAUCUCAGCAACGGACUGGCUAGGCAGAUGUCUUUGCAGUUGACCGGUAGACAGAUCGACGGAAUUUGGCAUACAUCAAUUGUUGUGUUUGGGAAAGAAAUAUUCUACGGCCAGGGUAUAAGCAUCACUGGUCCAGGUCAAUCGCAUCAUGGAAGACCUUUGAAGGUUGUUGAACUAGGAGAAACUGCACUAGAUGAGCAGACAUUUGAGGAAUAUUUAUCGGAGAUGAGAGAGCAUUAUACGGCCGACAAGUAUCAUCUUUUAGAAUUUAAUUGUAACUCAUUUACGAAUGAUUGUGCCGGCUUCCUCACUGGUGGAUCCAUCCCUGCCUGGAUCAAAGAUCUACCGUCCGACUUUCUCUCUACGCCAUUCGGUGCAGCCCUGCGUCCGACAAUCGACGCUAUGUAUCGGCGUCCUACAGCAGUGCCUCCCGUGGCGGCCCCUUCGUCGGCACAACCGUACUCUCAGCUAACAUCUGCGUUGCUUCAAGCUGUUGCCGAACGCGCCGCAUCGGGUGCCUCUACCUCAGCGUCUUCAGGGACAAGUACUCCUUCAACAAACACAGUCGCGGCACCUGUCCAAAUCUCUACGAACCUCGCAUCAUUUGAGUCUCUCCUCUGCUCACAUCGUGCCGUUGUCGCAUUUUUCACCUCGACUACUUGUGCACCGUGUCGUAUGAUUGAGCCUGUAUUUGAGGAGCUCUCUCGCUCAAAAAACAGAGGAGAGGGUAAGAUAUCUUUCAUUCAAAUCGAUAUCGACGUGGGGAUGGCUAGGGCUGUCGCAGCGAAGUACAACAUCAAUGCAACGCCCACUUUUCUUUUUUUCCUAGACGGGAAGAUGACACAUGAGCUAAAGGGUGUGAACGCUCCCGAGUUACGGACGCAAGUCGAUCUUUUAUUAUAUCAAGCCUUCCCUCCCCAUCCUCAUACAACUCUUGAGCUCUCCGUUGUGAAGGCCAUAUCUCUUGACCCAAUCCUCUUUUCUCAAGUUCCAGCACUUGACAUCGUUAGAGAUAAACUCAUAUCAUUCAUUAACACCGCUCCGUUGGAUGCACUCCCUGAUGGGACAUCAAUCAAGGAUGAUUUGACCAACACCAUAUUCCCUUGGCUCAAAUUGCGCUUUUCACAAGGGAAACCAUCCGCCCAGGCACCCCCCACGUUGACGUCUAGAUUUACGCAGAUAAUCGCUACCUUGAUCAAAGGCCUUUCUGUGAACUCUCUGUUUCCUUUGCUCGAUAUCUGGCGUCUCGCGGUUCUCGACCCUAGCUUUGCUAUGGGUUCAGUGCGCCCAUUAACUUCUCUCCUUACGACUAUCUCUACAUCUGGCACUUCCAUUUUACGUGCGACGCUUUUGACGCUUCUUCGUCUCCUCUCCAACGCCAUCGGCUCGCCAUCUCUAGCGCGUCCUCUACUCGUCUCUGAUCCUCAGGCGAAGGCUGCAGUGACAGGUGUACUGGUGCAGACUCUUUUGCAUGAGGACCGUCUCGUGCGCGUUGCAGCUGCCAGCGUCGCUUUCAAUGUUGCUGCAUGGGCACAGCGUGGGCGCGUCGCGCGGUUGACUGGAAAUGGAACGAGCAAGGGUGAUGAGGCGAAGGAGAACGAAGAGGAUGAGGAGCGAGAUACGGAAAUCAUCAGCGCUGUGAUAGAAUCGAUAAACAAAGAGAGUGAGAGCGAGGAAGUCGUCCACAGGCUCACAGCGACGCUUGCGCUAUUCUUGCGACUAUCGCCGUUUUACGAGGAUCAACUUCUUCCACUGCUAGAGGUUUUACAGGCGCGGUCUGUACUCCAGAGCAAGCUCAAUGGGGAAGGUGGAUUGAAAGUAAUCAAAGAGGAAGUGAGAGCUCUGAUACAAGAUGUGGCAGAGAAGCUGUGUGUUUAGAAUGGACCAAAUAUUUUUUGAACGCUUAUCUUGAACGAUGUUUUGACACUCGAUAUUUAGGUUGUGGAUAUGUGGGCUCACUAUAGUUGAACAUUCG